AGCGGGAAACAGGACGUUGGCCGUUUCCUCUCAGGCUCCAUACCCAACCAAAUUUGGUGGCUUCUGUUUCGGUUCCUUUCCAAGGUCAUGCUCUCUGGAGCUCUCUAUUAAUCCCCUCUCUCUCUCUCCUCAUCCUUGCUUGCACGGAAAAAACAAGUUGUGUCGAGUACAAAGAACAGAGAGAGAACCAAAGAAGGAAAUCCGUGAUCAUCCUAAAUCUCUAGCCUUGUAUGCUUUAUUUUGUCUGUGUGUGUGUUUGUGUCACGGAGAGAGACAGAGAGAGAGUUUUAUGAGUUGAUCUAUGUCCAUACAAGGAAAGAAAAGAGAGUUUUUGACUGAUACUUCAUCGUAGAGGCAGAUAUAGGAAUUAGGGAAGGAUGGAUUUGAUUCUGUGAAGAAUAUAUAAAUAGAUUUCAGUUGAUUACACUGGGGAAUGAUACAGAGACCAAGAGCAGAUGGAUUUUUGGCCGGAGUUUCUUGCAAGCAGCUGGGGAAAAGAAUUUGUGGCCGGAGGAUUUGGCGGCACAGCCGGCAUCAUAGCCGGUUAUCCUCUUGAUACCCUCAGGAUCCGGCAACAGCAACCGACCAGUACUGAUUCCGCCAUCAGAAUCCUUCGCAAUGUUGUCUCCAGUGAGGGACCUCUUGCACUCUACAGAGGCAUGGCUGCACCACUUGCCUCUGUCACUUUUCAGAAUGCCAUGGCAUUUCAGAUUUAUGCUGUCCUGUCACGGGUUUUUGACACAUCAGUCCGCACAACAGACCCUCCUUCUUACAAAGGGGUUGCUCUGGGAGGAAUUGGAACAGGGGCAAUACAAAGCUUGAUGCUCAGCCCUGUUGAACUAAUUAAAAUCCACCUCCAAUUACAGAAGAAAACUCAAGCAAAUAGUCUCAAAGGUCCAGUAAGUGUCGCCAGAAGCAUAUAUAGGACAGAAGGUUGGAGGGGUAUUUACCGAGGUUUUACAAUCACUGUGCUCAGAGAUGCACCUGCUCAUGGCUUGUACUUCUGGACAUACGAGUACAUGAGAGAGCAACUUCACCCAGGAUGCAGAAAAAGUGGCCAGGAGAGCUUCAGAACAAUGCUUAUUGCAGGAGGUUUAGCAGGAGUUGCAAGCUGGAUUUGCUGUUAUCCUUUGGAUGUAAUAAAGACCAGAAUCCAGGCUCAGUCACAAUAUUCUCCAUCAAAUUAUGGUGGCAUUGUUGAUUGCUUUAAUCGGAUUGUGCGAGAGGAGGGAUAUCAUGUCCUGUGGCGCGGAUUGGGAACCGCAGUUGCCAGAGCUUUUGUUGUCAAUGGGGCUAUUUUUACAGCUUAUGAAACAGCUCUAAGGUGCCUAUUCAACAACAGUCAAGCAACCAAUCAAUAGGAGAAAUGCAGUAUAGAAGAAGUUAGUCCCUUCCCAUUGAAGUGGCUAACAUAGCCCCCUAUACCAUAUGGCAGUUGGUUAUAUCUUAAACACCACUUAAAAAAUAUGAUUGGCUAUUCGUUGUCAUUACAGUUACAAUUCCUGUGCCGAGACAUCAGCAAUCAGUGACAAUGACUGAACAAAACAUUGUAGACAAGAAGACUGGAUUAUUGGCUUUAAUAAAAGAUGGUCUCUUGAUCUUUAAAAUCCUAGCACCAACUGAACCCAAAGAGAGAUGAACAUAUUGAGAGAAUUAGAUUUCUGGCACCUAUUUCUGUUGUAAUAGCAUCGAAAACUAUCAAUGAA